CGCAGUGUUUCCUUUCCUGGGAUUGUUUCUUUAGGGGGUUACCAGUGGCUUUUAAUGCUGGAUUGAUAGGAGAGUGAUUAAGAAGUGCUUUUGUGUGGUUCUUUCGUGCUGUAUUUUUUCUCCUUCGCAGUGGAAGUUCAUUCUGGUUUGCGAAGGAAAGGGCACAAGAGAGAGGAGUUGAUGUGUUUGUGAUUUACGAUUUUGUGUUUAGCAGCAGGAGUCUACCGUUACUUUACUGCAGGUAGACAAGAAAAACAAUGACAUAAUCCAAAAAUAUCCAGCUGAAAUUUUUCCACCAUGGCGAGUCCCACCAUCGAAUCAUUAUGUUGUUUAUCGAGCACCAACGCCUUCAGCAAAGACUUCCUCAUAGACUUCCAGAGCGUGCCAUACAAUGCCAUAUCCAUUGUGGCAUCCAUUUUUGGCAUGGCUGGUGCCAUAUACCAGGUCCUUCCACGAACACCUAGUAAUGGAACCAAUGGCCGAGGGGGAAGGUUCUUCAAGACGAGGGGCCGCCUCAUCAUAAGAUGGCUAGCCUUUGCCGACCUUCUGGCUUCAUUCGGGAUUCUCAUAAGAUCGGCUUCCUGGCUUUCCGAUGACACUUUUGGAUCAAAGGCAGAUGACAGCACAGUAGGGCAGUCUAUGUGCAUCGUAACUUCGGUUAUUAUCCACUAUUUCUACACUGCGACUUACUGCUGGACCUUCUUAUAUGCCCUGGAUGUGAAGCUGGUAAUGCACGAGAGACGCAUGAGCCACCGCGUGUACCAUACUGUGGCUUGGAGUGUUCCGCUAAUGCUCUGCCUAGUGGGAUUACUCAUCCUCUAUCUUCCUGACCUAAAUUGCCAUAGUCAAGCCGUGAACCCAUACGUGAGAUUUCUGCCAAAUUAUUUAAGCACCUUUAUGCCCAUUGUCGUUGUUAUGAUUGGAAACCCAAUUCUUUAUUGCAUAGCAUUCUCAAGGGUUGAAAAGCAAAUUAUGUCGGCCAGAGGGAGAUUCACCCACUCAGAACGGCGGGUUGUUGAUGGUCUGCGCAAGAAGUUCUUCCUAAUUAAUGGAGUGUUUUAUCUCUGCUGGUUGCCAAAUAUUAUCAAUGGCAUCGUCUUGUGGACAUCGUGGAACAACCUGCCAAAAACAUUUAUUAUAACAGUGUGGUAUCUAAUGGCAAUCCUGAAUCCACUUCAGGCUGUGUUUAACUCCAUGGUUUAUCGCAGCUGGGAGUCAGGUAGUGCUAUUUCGAAGCCCAGUUGGUUCCCAGCAAGAUUUUGGCCAAAGCAUUCAUCACAGCAGCUGGAGGUGCCAAAUGCCAAUGUUAAUGAUCUUUAUAAUGAUCAGGUUCCUGAGCAAGAGGAGUCUGUAGAAGAAUCUUCUCCACAGCAUUCUGUUUCUAUGAGGUUGUCACAUGAACGAACACCAUUACUGCACUCUUUGUCAAAAGAUGGACUUAAUCAAAGCAAGUUUGAGGUCACUAAUAGCCAGACUACACCUAAAUCAUAUAAAUAAUACACAAAUUGUUUCUGCUCCAAUGUAGUUAGAUACAUUAUGGAUUGCACUGAAGCAUAUGUUAACUACUUAUAUCUUCAGGUCACCAAAUUACCAUGUGCCAAUAACCUGAAUGGUAUGGAACACAUAGAGUACAUUUGCUUCUCUCUGUUUUGGGGGUCUCAGGGAAAUGCUCUCUAAUUGCAUAUGCAUCUGGGAAAAACAGAAUAAUACUUUGGCUGUUCAGAGACUUCUGAAACUGUAUACUUUUAUCAAAUUCUGAAUCAGUUUAAACCUGUAUAACAAUGCAGCAUUGUUAAACAGAUGAUAAUAAUGACAAUUUAAAAAAAAAUAAUUUGUCUACAAUUGCUUUAACAACCAACAGUGCUUACAUCUUUUACUUAUUGCUUGUAUCAUUGGAUCUAUAAUUUUUUCAAUGGAGUUCUUCAGAAGUCACAAAUAAUUUAUUGUCAGUCACAAAGCUCCCAAGACACGUAUAUUAUAUAUUAUAUAUGAUAAGCUUUUUCUUGUAUAUUUUAUUUCUCAUUUUCAUUUGUCUUACUAAUUCAAUGGUCUAUUAGAUGUAUAUUGUUAUUCUUUUAUUUCAUUGAACAGAAUCACUUGUUACAUUUUCAUAGAAAACUUUUUUCUUUCUUUCUUUCUUUCUUUCCUUUAUUCUAUGGUAUAGUCAUUUUUAAAUAUUUUAUGUGUUAUGUGAUUCUGUAUGCUUUGGUACUGAAAUUAAUUAAUAUAUGUUUUUAUGUUUUGGUAAACAAUAUUCAGUAGAAUAUUUUAUAGUACAUGAACAAUGAUUGAAACAUGUAAUGAACAUCUUGAGGCUGAAAAUUAUUUACUUAAGAUUGUUAAAUUUUGGAGCAUUCCAUGCACUUUUCUAUGCCACAGAAACAGUAUAUAUUAAACACAUAGAUGCCAUAAGAUCUGUUAUUAAAAUGCAAACAAUGUUAAAGAGAGUUGCUAACCAAACAUUCCAACUAUCUCAACAUUCCAACUUACAUUCCAGAUACAUCCUUGGGAUAUAAUUUUUAAAAUAAUUUUUUGUAAAUUUUUAACAAUUUUUUUAAUGGUUAAGUAUAUAAUGCACUUUUUAUAAUACUCACUGACAUCCAUCCAAAAAUAUCAACCAGGUAUCAGGUUUUCUCGGAGGAUGGGAAUCUCUUUUUGACAGCUAACUGAUAAUUAAUGCAACGAAAAGGGGUUGCACCUGUUAAUACUCACUGCCAUAUUCAUUGCAUUAUACCAACAAACUUUUGUAGGUAUUAUGUACAGUGUUGUUAAUGUAGUUGAUUAAAACUGCUAGGCAAGAUACUCCUUCCAUUGGACCAACUUUGACCUGAGUAUAGUGGGAAAAUGACGGCAGCUAUUGAUACCUGUUUUAGUUUGUUUUUUCUUUUGAAUUUAUUUUAUUAUGAUUAUUAUUAUUAUUAUUGUUAUUAUUAUUAUUAUUAUUAAUAUUAAUAAGAUAAUGAUGAUAAUGAUUUUUAUUAGUAGUAGUAAUUGUAUUGGUCUUAAUAUUAGUAUCAUUACUACUACUGUGACUAUUGCUAUUACUGUUACUAUUACUUGUGUCAUUGUUAUUACUUUGACUAGUUUAUUUAUUAUAUGUAUGAGAAUAUAUUUUUCCAUAUAAAUUUUACAUUCUUCCCAUACUUGCAGCCUUGAUUAUGUAAUAUAUUUUUGAACAUCAAUUGUUGCAGUGGUGAGUCUGUUGCAAAAGCUGUGUCUUCUCAUUCACAUACUGGCUUUUUUAUUAUUUUUGUAAUAUUACUUUUGUCACUACAUUAUAAUUUAAUUGGAAAUACUGAGAGUAAUCAAAAUGGAAUUGCCAGAAAUGUAUUCCCAUGACAGUAUAUAUGCAAAUAUAUAUUGUAACAAAACUUGGGUCACAAAAUCAUGUACAUGUCGGAAUGUGUUAUCAAGGACUCUUUUUAUAAUAAUCCAAUCUAUUCCAUUCUUUCUUUGUUAAUAUUCCUUGACAUAUUCUCUGUUUUGCAUAAAGAAAUACAUGUAUAUUCAGCUGGAUUCCGAAGCUUAUUUCCCACUUUUGAAAUUUGGUGUCUAAGAAACUGCCAUCAGUAUAAAGAUGUUGAUAUUUUUAUAAGGUAAAUAUUAUGUGUAGUUAUAUUUACAGAUUUUACACCAUCUGAUUAUAGUUGCAUUAUAUUAAGAUAUUGCAGAAGAGUUACUCACUGGAAAGAAUUUGCCACAAUGUAAAUAUUGUUUGAAAUGAUAAUAUGAUAACAAUCUUGCUUAAUACAAGUGCUUAUGGUUAUACUUCUCUUUCAUGCAGCAGAUAGUGGGAGAAAUCAUGAAAAAGGUUAUUACUAUGCUUUCUGUGUAAUAGUUGCGACACAAAUGGUGUGCUGUAGACAAGCCAUAGGAACCUAGAAAUUAUGGCAGUAGGUAUGAAUGUUGUCUCAAUUUUCAGGUAAGGUUUAUGUAGUUUAUUUUUAUUUUAUAUAUUUAUUAGAGACUGCAAACUCAUAAAAUGUUAUUUAAAUCAAUAAACUUUUCAUUGGUUCAAUA